CAUCACAGCUCUCUCCCCUCUUCCUGUCAGAGCAGUGGCUGAAGGAGUAUAGACCUGACAGCAAUGGAACCAUCGUGCUCCUAACUAUGGGAAAUUUAGGGGAUUGCAGACCUGAGGGGAUUUGAACCAUCUAUUUCCAAGUCAUGGGCAUUCAAUGCUGUAAGAAUGGACAGUUUUGUGAAAUCGUAGUAAAAGACGUUGAUGAAACCACAUUGCUGAAAGAGAGAGAGAAACAGAAGAGAAAGGAAAAGAAAAAAGAACCUCCACCAUCUCCACCCCCUCCACCAAAGAAACCCCGCCCCCCAGAGAUAAAGAAGCCUCCUGACAAUGAGCCAAUAGCCAUAAAGAUCCAGGCCUGGUGGCGGGGCACCCUGGUGCGCCGGACCCUGCUGCACGCGGUGCUCAGAGCUUUGAUCAUUCAGCGGUGGUGGAGGCAGACGAUAGCGAAAUUGCUGGAAAAGAGGCGGCGGGCGGCCCUACUGUGCCAUGCGCUGCAAGCACAGGCAGCAGUCAAGUUGCAGUCCUGGGUCCGCAUGUGGCGCAUCCACCUUCGUUACUGCCGUUUGCUUCACGCUGCCCGCAUCAUCCAGAUUUACUGGCGUUGCCAUAGUUGCCAUACUCGUGGCUUUUUCCAUGGUAGCUAUGAACUCACUGCAAGCCAGCUGGAACUCGAGCUUGAGAUCCUUCUAGGGUCACAGAUUUGUCGCAUUACAGACUGCAUCCCCUUCCCAAUAAAGAACUGAUCAGGUCUGCUCCA